CAAUAAUACCUCGAGUUUCGCACAAUUUUUCUACCUCUCUCAGCAUUCGCAAGCAUCCCUAUCAUUCAUCCAAUCCGCAGUGAAUCUUGUCUUAAUUAAUAAUGUGCGCUGCGGCCGGAAAGUUUUGCAAGCUUGAAGUCAGGCGUUCCAGGUGUCAGGGAUUCUGCUUGGAAUCUGUUUCAAAUGACGGAUACUUCGCGAAUGGGAUUGGGCGAUUUCAAUGGAUUGCCAAUGGAAUCCUUGCUGUGUACACAAAUUUUGGCGGGAUCGAGUGUGUCCAGUGGUGUCGGGGAUUUUGCUUGGAAUCGGUUUCAAGUGACGGAGGUCUCACGAAUGAGAUUAUUCAAUCCCAUUCGUGACGGAUAGUUCUCCCCCUCUUACCUUUCUGGAAAAAAAGUCGUAACAGUCAAUCAUUUGAAACCAUUUGGAACUGUUUGAAUAAUCUGAAAGUUCUGCUUGAGGUUUAGAUUACUGUAAUUUGUAUUUUCAACAAGAAUCAGAUGACAGCUUUAAUACUUUCGAAGAAAUACUUCAAUACGGCGUAGAACAUGAAGUUGACUUUGUACUUCUUGGUGGAAAUUUAUUUCAUGAUGCGAAACCAUCACAAUCGAUCAUGUUAAAAUGUAUAGAUUUGUUAAAAAGAUACUGUUUAGGUUCCAGAGAACUUGAUAUUCAAUUUUUGUCUGAGCCAGAAGUAGUAUUCCAACACUGUGCUCGUAAAACUGUAAAUUAUGAGGAUCCAAAUUUUAAUGUUAGCAUGCCAAUAUUUUCCAUUCAUGGAAAUCACGAUGAACCAAGCUUUGGAGUAGUUGGAUCAAUGGACCUGUUAUCUGCCUCUGGCCUUAUAAAUUAUUUUGGCAAAUACACAGAUCUCACUCACGUCGGCAUUACUCCAUUGGCAUUCAAAAAGGGUAAUACCUGUGUCGCAGUUUAUGGCUUAGGCCACAUAAAUGACAAAAAGUUAUUACGGAUGCUGAAGGAUUUUAAGGUGGAUUUGUUAAGUUCAGAUAUGUUAGAUUGUUUUAAUCUGUUCAUUUUACACCAAAAUCGUGCAUCACAUCUUGAACAUGGACAUAUUUCUGAAACAAAACUUCCUGAUUUCCUUGAUUUCAUCAUAUGGGGACAUGAACAUGAAUGUCGUAUUACACCAGAAUUUUUCUCUGAAAGAGAAUACUUCAUUUGUCAACCAGGUAGCUCUAUUGCAACUUCCUUGUGCGAAGGUGAGGCAAAGGCUAAACACGUUGGUCUGUUGAGCAUAAAUGGUAAGAAGUUUAAAAUGAAAAGAUUAAAACUAAAAACUGUCAGACCUUUUGUGUUUGACAAUUUGAUCCUUGCUGAUGAGAAGAUACAAAAUGAUCACGAUGUGUCACUUUCGGAAUCUGUGUUUAAUUACGUCGACAAUUACAUAGAAAAUGAGAUAAUACCUAAAGCAUCAGAGCAACUGUCUGGCCAUCCAAAGCAACCAGUAGUACCAUUAAUUCUAUUGAGAAUAUUUCAUACUAAAGAUGAGGAAACAUUUGAUACAAUUAGGUUGGCACAAAAAUAUUGUGAGGAAGUUGCUAAUCCUUUCGAAAUGGUUGUCUUCCGUAAAGAUAGAAGCACGGGUAAAAGAUCAUCGCCAUCUAAGUUCGACAAUAUUAGUGACGAUUGUCAGAAUAUGGCUGACAUUUUUGACUACACCGAGGAGAAUCACGAAUGGAACAAAACCGCAGAAGGAGAACUAAAAAAAUAUUUUAAUUUGGAAGAAAAUAAAGAUUUAUUAACAGUAGUAACAGUGGAUGGUCUAAAUAAAGCAUUAGCUCAAUUUAUUAACAAAGGUGAUACUGAUGCUUUCAAAAACUUAGUAAGCCAUCAAAUAAAAAAUAUUGUUUCACAUUUGGAAGCUAGUGAAGUUACUGAAUCUGAAGAAAGUAUAAAGGAAGGAAUUAAAAGUUAUCUUGAGAAAAGAAAGGAGAAAGCAGAAGAAGAAGACAUAGAAAUACAAACAUUAUUUGCUGAUAAACCGAUAAAAGAUGACAGUCGCGAUAAUAGUUCAGAUGAAGCGGAAAGAUCAGAUAAAAUUCUUCCCCAAAAAGGUGGAGGUAGAGGAAUAACAGCUAGAGGCAGGAGAGCACAUAAUAAUAGUAAAAAAAGCGGUCGAAAUCCUCGUGGCAUAGCAACUAAGAUAUCGUCUACUAAAACUAAAAAAUAAACAGAACAGGAUCCAACAUCGAACAGUUUCACAAUAACGGAAACGAUUCUUGUCCAGAUCGAAUCCUUGUACGUAUGUAACAUUUAAAACACUGUAUUGAAAUAAAUACUUUUUCAUAAAAUUUUGAAA